CGCGCCCGUGCGCCUGCAGUCCUGCUGCCUGCCCUGCCAGCUCGCCCCUGCGUCCGCAGCUGCCUGCUUGCGUGCCCGUGCACCUGCAACCUUGCCUCAAGCUGCUAGCCUGCAGCUGCUCCUGCAGCCCUCUCGGCCAUGCCUCAUCCUGCAUUCUUCGGCAGCAACUAAAAUCCUUAACUGCCAUCACCACCGCAGCCCCUGCUGCCCCGCAUCCGCUGCACGCCUCUACUUAGAUUACUUCGCCCCAUCACGCCUGCAUCGACACGCGCGUGAUUCAAAACCAACAAGAUGUCAAAACUUGACUUUCCUAUCCUUGACUCAACUGGCUCGGAAUAUCAUAGUUGGGUCACGGAUGUUGAGAAUCAUCUCACUUCAAAAGGGAUCCUACCUGUAAUUCAGGCACCAAAUCCAGAUCUCUUAUUCGAGCGUACGGCUACGAAUAAUGCCACCGCCCUUAUUUUGAUAAGGCGCCACAUGGAUAAAUCACUCCGAUUGGAGUACAUGGCAAUCAAGGAUGCUAGAGAAUUAUGGGUUGCGCUAGAAGAGCGUUUUGGUAAUGUAAAGGAUACCCUCCUCCCUGACUUGAAAGUUCAAUGGAACAAUCUACGAUUUGCUGACUUCAAGUCUGUAGCUGAAUAUAAUUCAGAAGUUCUUCGCCUCAAGACCAUGUUGGGGUUCUGUGGACAACCUGUCACAGAGCAAGAACUAAUUGAGAAAACUCUCUCCACCUUCCCCGUCGCAGCUAUUUUGCUAUCAAAGCAAUACCGAACUGAAUUCAAUACUGGACGGCUCACGAGGUUUCAUCAGCUAAUUAAUAUUAUGUCUGUAGCUGAAAAGCAUGAUAAUAUCCUCGUGAAAAAUUAUAAGGCCCAUCGGAACUAA